AUGAAUGCUGUGCAAUUUGAAGAACUAUUGACGAAAGUUGGACCAAAAAUUAUGAAAAAGGACACAUUGAUGCGCUCGGCUAUACCGGUUCAUAUAAAGCUCAUGAUUACCUUGAGGUAUCUUGCAACCGGAGACUCCUUCAAGAGUCUGGAAUUUUUAUAUAGAGUACCAAAAUGUACAACCUCUACAUUUCUGGUAGAAACCUUGGAAGCUAUUUACGAAUCCUUGAAAAAUUUCAUUAAGGUUCCCUCUUCACAAACGCAAUGGAUGCCGAUUGUUCAAGCAUUUUCAACCAAAUGGAAUUUCCCGGGGUGUUUUGGUGCUAUAGAUGGCAAGCACGUUCUUAUACGAAAUCCUCCGGAAAGUGGAUCAGACUACUACAAUUAUAAAGGAUCGUACAGCAUAAUCUUACUUGCUUUAGUAGAUGCCGAUUAUCGGUUCAUAUACAUCGACGCUGGUGCACAAGGGAGGAUUUCAGACGGUGGGUUGUUCCAGGAGAGCUCACUUCUACGCUACUUGGAAGAAAACCGAUUGGGGAAUCCUGCGGGAACACUCAUUGUUGGCGAUGACGCCUUUCCAUUGAAACCGUACAUGAUGAAGCCAUACUCUCGGAAAAAUAUGACUUUAAAAGAAAGAAUUUUCAACUACCGUCUCAGCAGAGCAAGGCGGGUCUCUGAAAAUGCGUUUGGAUUACUAGUAUCCAAAUUCAGGAUUUAUGAGAAACCGAAUCCUCUGAGUCCAGACAAAGUUACUUGCGUUGUGAAAGCAACAACAGCAUUACAUAAUUGGUUGAGGAAAACAUCUCCGUCAACUUAUACCACAACCGGCAUGAUAGAUGUAGAGAACAUAGAUACAGGUCAUAUUAUACCCGGUGCCUGGAGGCAAACACCAAUGGCAAUGGAACAUCUCGAAAGACAAGGCAGCAAUAAUCACACCCGUCAAUUUGAUGGCUGUCUGUACGAAAGUCCGGAAGCAGCAAUUCCCUUCGAUCGAGAGGGAACUGCUAGACGUGUGUCGUGUAAGACGGAAGUUUACGAAACAAUCGGGGCAAUUCUACACGAUGUGAAACUGUGCAGUGCUUAUGCCGUUGGCGGAGGUGGUGAUGGAGGGCCGGCCAAGAUUCUGGGUGCUCCGAUUCAUUUGAUAGCAGAUUCCAAGCCACAUUACGAUUCUGCACGUCGAGCAGGAUUUGGUGAUGACACAUUGGUUCGGUCAGAAUCGUUGCGAAAGGAAAAGGAACUGAACGCACAGAUCUAUGCCGGAUCCACUGAGCCACGAACUGUUGACGAGAUGGGUGCCGGCAUGGCGGUUUUCACCCUGUUGAAAACCGCCAUGGGCCUGCUGCAACCGACGGGAGGGCUUGUCCAUCCGCACCAGCAUAGGGAAGGCUGA